AUGGCCGUACGUGGUCGGGAUCUCCAGGAGGUCUUUUCAAAGCAGGACACCGCAAAGUACUCAUCAGCACUCGAUCUAUGUUUGGCUUUCUUGGAAUACACCAUGGACCAUUCGAACGAGGAUUCCAACAGCCACCACGUUGAUAUGGUCAUCUUGACAAAAGGGCUCAGAAAUAUCCAGGAAAAUAUAUUGGGCAAUGAGAACAUCAACACUGCCUUGGCAUCCAUGAACUUCGAUAUUGGCAUUAGAGCCUCCAUUCUGAGAUCUUAUUUUCGCCUCUGUGCCUUCACAAAGUGCAAACCCUCGCCCGGGAAUAGCAAACUCAUAAUGGACGUCCAGACAGGGAAUGCAAAAGUGCUUGCGCUUUUCGGUGGGCAAGGUUUCGAUACCUAUUUCAAUGAGCUACUCGAAACCUACCAGAUACAUCAGCACCACAUUCAAGCGCUUGUGCACUGCAUGGCUACCACUCUGAAAAGCCUUUCCACUGAAGAUGGAGUCAAGGACGCUUAUUCACAGGGGUUCGACGUUGAGGAGUGGUUGACCACGGAAACCUCUCGCCCUGAUUGGAAUUACCUAACUAGCGCUGGUGUCAGCCUUCCCCUGAUUGGGCUUUCUCAGUUUGCCGCCUACGCCGUGGCCUGCAUAAAUCUUCAACUCUCGCCAGGCGAGCUACGAAGCAGCUUCUCAGGAGCAAUUGGGCAUUCUCAGGGUAUCAUUGUCGCAUCAUAUAUCGCAGCGGCAGACUCAUGGGACUCGCUUUACACCGUAGCUCAGCAGGGGGUGGAGGUACUGUUCUGGAUCGGGUGUAGAUGCCAGCAAAUUAACCUACACCCAAUAACACAUAGGGAACAGCUAUCAUCAUAUAUGCUAAGUGUCAAGGGGCUUUCUCGUGAUAUGCUGCAAGGUGAUAUUGACCAGCUGAACCACUAUCUGCAACAGUCGGGCGCGCUCCAUAUUGGCUUGAUGAACGGACCACAGCAAUUUGUCGUUGUCGGUUCCCCACUAUCCUUAAAAGGGCUACAAAAGAAAAUCCAACUGAGAGAUAUCAGGACCUCCAAACCCAUCAAUCAAUCACGAGUCUUGUUUAGUCAACGUCCACCAGUGAUUAGUGCUUCCUUUUUGCCCAUCACGGCACCGUUUCAUUCUCCAUAUCUCGAGGAGGCGCAAAAGAGGAUACUUAAAGAUCUUAUUUCGCAUUCGUUGAAAGGAUGUACCCUCGCCUUCCCUGUAUUUGAUACAGAGACAGGGAAUAACCUACAACACUGUGACAACAUUAUUCCCCAGCUGGUCCAAAUGGUAUGUACCAAACGCGUACAGUGGGAGAGAGUUUUGAAUAUGGCCCUGACAGGAGUUACUCAUGUACUGGAUUUCGGUCCCGGAGGGAGCGCAGGGAUUGGGAGACUAAUCCAUCAGCAGAGGGAUGGCACAGGGUUGAGAACAAUAAUCGUGGGAGCAGACUGUGACGCUAGCUCGUUUUUCGGCGGCAUGGGUGAAUUAUAUGGUCGAUACUAUCCCGUUAAGUAUAGCGCUAUUUGGGGUGACGUAUAUGCUCCUCGCCUGAUCCGUACAUCAUCCGAUGGCGCAGAGCUAGUGAGUACAAAGUUCAGCCGGUUCUUUGGCUCCCCACCUGUGAUGGUAGCAGCCAUGACCCCAACGACAACAGCACCGGACUUUGUGGCAGCGAUAAUGAAUGCCGGGUAUCAUGCCGAACUAGCUUGCGGGGGUUUCUCAGAGCCUGAUAGUAUGCGCAAUGGGAUACUCUCCCUUUCUGCCAGAAUUUCACCUGGCCGUGAAAUUACGUGCAAUGUUAUUUAUGCCAAUCCGAGGGCAAUGGCAUGGCAGAUCCCACUGCUGCAAGAACUGCGCAGAGACGGCGUUCCCAUCACUGGAUUAACCAUCGGAGCAGGCGUCCCUUCUGAAGACACGGUUCGAGGCUAUAUUACUGAUAUGUCUCUGACACAUAUUGGUUUUAAGCCAGGCUCAAAGCAAUCUAUUGACGCUGUUCUGGGAAUUGCACGGGCUAAUCCAGGCUGUUCCAUUCUUCUACAGUGGACUGGAGGGCGAGGUGGGGGCCAUCACUCAUUCGAAGAUUUCCAUGAGCCCAUUCUUGCUAGGUAUAGUCAGAUUCGAGAGCACUCAAAUAUCAUUUUGAUUGCAGGUAGUGGCUUUGGAGAUGGUGAUGAAUCAUAUCCAUAUCUUUCCGGGGAAUGGUCAAAAAGAUACGGCUAUCCCCCCAUGCCGUUUGAUGGUAUCUUGCUUGGGAGUCGCGUGAUGGCUGCAAGAGAAGCCCACACCAGCCCUGAAGCGAAGCGAGCUAUUUGCAACGCCCCUGGAGUGCCAGAUUCACGUUGGGAGGAAACUAGCUACGGGCCAGCAGGCGGAAUUAUAAGCGUCAUGUCCGAGAUGGGGGAGCCGAUUCACAAACUGGCAACACGAGGAGUGAUGUUAUGGGCGGAACUGGACCGGAACGUCUUUAGCUUGCCCCGUGAAAAGCAAAAAGAGGAGUUACUCGUUCGUAAAGACUAUUACAUCCAGCGGCUCAACAAUGACUUCCAGAAAGUGUGGUUUGGCUCCAGUUCUGACGGCAAGGCGGUUGACUUGACCGAGAUGACUUAUGCAGAAGUUGUUCGACGUCUGGUUGACCUUUUAUAUUUGAGACGGUCACGUGAGUGGAUUCACGGUGACUUUAGGUUUCUCGUAUUUGAUUGGAUACGUCGACUGGAGGAGCGACUACACCGGAGCAACACUUGCAACGGCUAUAAAAGCACGCAUGAUGAUGACGGCAGAGCAGUUCUUCAUGACGUUAAGCAACUGGAUCAACCUCACCAACUUAUUGAGGAGCUAUUGAUCAAAUAUCCACACGCUGUGACGGAUGUUAUCACCGCCGCCGACGCCGACUAUGUGAUUGAGCUGUCGAAACGUCGGGGACGGAAGCCCGUUCCCUAUAUUGUACAACUGGACGAAGAUUUUGAAUACUGGUUUAAAAAGGAUUCACUAUGGCAAUCUGAGCGUCUUGAGGCCGUUCAAGGCCAGGAUGCUGGACGCAUAUGCAUUCUCCAUGGCCCUGUGGCUGCUCGGCAUACUCGCCAAGUGGAUGAACCUGUGAGCAGCAUCUUGGAUGGCAUUCAUGAUACUUUUAUCACAAAGGCUCGUACGAACGAGACUAUUUUUGAUUUUACUCCUUCUCAAUCACCAUCUAACCUGGCAGAAGGUAUUCAGAAGGUGCCCUUGUUACCACGUGGAGUUACUGUCGACGUAUCGGAGAAUGGAAAAUUGGUGAGAUACUCGCUGGCAAGUACUGAAUCCGAACUACCUUGCCAUGAUGAUUGGAUAAAGUUCCUAGCUGGUACAACACAUGUAGCAUGGUGCGUCUCAAUAUUGACAGAACCAGACAUCGUCCGAAACGGCAUCCUGGUGAACAAUCCAAUAAGAAGGGUCUUCGCCCCUAAACCUGGCCGCGUCGUCGAGCUUCAUAACCCAUCGUCCCCUGAACAAUGUAUAAUGAUGAUUAAAGAAAUUGGGAACAUACAAAAUACCUCGAAGGAAUGUUCAAGCACUACAAUAGCUUCCGCUUCCAUGCAAAAGCGGCUGGAGGGGGGGAUCAUCCUAUCCCUUUCUAACCAUUUAAUGAGAGAUAGAUCUACGCCGGGUCUGGACUUCGAAUUCAAAUAUCAACCAAGAUCCAGAUCCCCUAGGAUAAUUGAAUGUACCCACGAUCACAUUGUGGAAUCAAGACGCUUCUACCAAUCCAUUUGGAUUGGAGAACAAGUGACAACUGCAACACCUGGCACGGUAUUCCACGGUGAAGACGCUAUUAUAAACCGAGAUACAAUUGUUCUGUUUGCUAAGAGUAUCUGCAAUUAUAACCAAUACUAUAUAUCCCCAUCGAAAGCCCUCUUACACGCGCCGCUCGACUUGGCAAUAGCAAUUGCAUGGAAACCAAUGAUGAGAUGCUUAUUUUCCACGUCCAAUCCUGGAAACAUGCUUAACUUAUUACAUCUCACUAAUGAGUUUCGUCUACACGAAGGAGUUAAACCCAUCCGUGAAGGAGAUUCUGUCUCGUCGAAAUGCAGGCUCACUGCGGUCAAAAUAAAGAAAGGGUCAGGAAAAAUUAUUGGAGUUGAAGCGACAAUUCUUCGGAAUGGUGCUCCAGUUGUCCACCUGAAAAGCGAAUUUAUCAUCCCUGGAGUAUACACGGAUUAUUCGUCAACAUUUGAGAUAAUUGAGGAAAAAUUCCUGGUACAAAUAGCUUCAAUGAAAGACAUUGAACUAUUAAAGGCAAGACAAUGGUUUCGGUUAAAUGAGAAUACGGAUCUCACCCACUAUCUCAAUCAAAAAAUUGAGUUUCACAUCACUAGUCGGUACUUUUUUAAGGAUUCAGAAACCUAUUCCCAUCUCGAAGUUGAAGGUCAAGCCGUCCAUCAACACGCUCCAAGUCAUACCACAAUCCUUGGAUCUGUGUACUUUUCUUCUGAAUCCUACAAGAAAAACCCAGUAACGGAUUAUUUACAUCGUCGUGGAUCAAGCAUAAAAGAUACGCAUAAUAGCUUGAAACACUCCUGUCAGCUCGCACAAGGUGUUGAAGUGAUUAUCCCUAGCUGGGGUAUUGAUUAUGCCCAAGCUUCUGGAGAUUGCAAUCCAAUCCAUGUGUCUGAACUUUUUGCUUUAUACUCUGGAUAUCACAGUCGCGUGACUCAUGGUAUGUUCACCAGUGGAUUUGUCCGGGGCUUUGUUGAAUCACAUGUCGCGCACAAUGAUGUAUCUCGAAUGCGCUCCUGGUCUUGCAUUUUUGAGGGGAAAGUUUUUGAGGGAGAUAGACUGUCGGUUUCAAUAGAGCAUAUUGGCAUGUGUCGGGGACAGUUGGUGAUAUCCGUGAAGGCAGAAAAUGCAGUCACUGGCAUGAAAGUUCUAUCUGCUCGGGCCAAAAUUGAACAGCCCACGACUGCUUAUGUAUUUACUGGCCAAGGGAGUCAGCAACCGGGAAUGGGGUUGGAGCUCUACAAAACAAGUCUUGCUGCCCAAGCUGUCUGGACCACAGCCGAUCGGUAUUUUAUCAACCAAUAUGGUUUUUCGAUGCUCGAUAUCGUUCGUGAGAAUCCUAAGCACUUAACUAUUCAUUUUGGAGGUGCAAGGGGCCGCAAAAUACGCGAUAACUAUAUGGCUCUCAUACUUGACAGCAAAGGUAAAAAUGGGGUACCCACUCAAAAGCCACUGUUCCCGACCAUCACAAGCUGUUCUAGGUCCUACACAUUUCGCUCUACCAGUGGUCUCUUACAUGAAACCCAAUUCACUCAACCAGCUCUAGCUUUGAUGGAGAUUGCACGGUUCGAAGACAUGCGUAGUAGGGGGGUUGUCAAGGAAGAGUCUUUAUUUGCUGGCCACUCCCUUGGUGAAUACGUGGCAUUAGUUGCGGUAGGAAAGAUUCUCACCAUUGAGCAGAUGGUUGCACUCGUGUUCUACCGCGGAUUAACGAUGUCCAACGCCGUUAAGCGUGACUCCAACGGUGCAACAAAUUACUCCAUGUGUGCAGUUAAUCCAACCCGAGUCUCGAAGACAUUUUCUGAGGUUGAUCUGAACUGGUGUGUGCAAGAGAUUUCUCGACAUACGCAAGGGUUACUAGAGAUUGUUAAUUACAAUGUCAUAAAUAUGCAGUACGUUUGUGCUGGUGAUCUGCAAGGACUUGCAACUCUUACAGCGGUAAUGGAUGCUCUAGCGUCUGGAAGCCUAAAUAUGUCUGAGUUGCAGGAUGUGCACGCCUUUAUACGGAAACAUCUUAGUAUUUUAGAGCAGACACAAAGGCCGAUUGCUCUCCAACGGGGUCUAGCAACUAUCCCACUGGCAGUAAAUGUGCCGUUUCAUAGCAGUCUGUUGCAACCUGGAGUGGACUCCUUUCGACAUUUCUUACAAAAGCAUAUCAAUGAUUCUACGAUUGAUCCAGGACUCUUGGUUGGAAAAUACAUCCCAAAUCUCACUGCGAGGCCCUUCGAACUUUCACUGGAUUACAUCAGAGAUGCUUUCGAAAUUACAAAGAGUCCAGUACUUGAAAAGGUCAUGCUUGGUGUAAGUAUGGUAUGA